GGAAAGUAAUCAGCGGGAAUUACCUAGAAAAUGUGCUUGAAGUCAUUCCAUACUGGCAUAAAGUCAUUGCUAGCGCCGCGUAGCAUGUAAGAGCAGAAAGGAAGAGCUGGACACGGAUUCUGAAAUCUUGAAACAUUUGAAACACUGUUUUCUUUGCUCCUCUUGCAAACAGUCGAUCAGAAACAAUGCGUUUCAUUGCUGUCCUUGCUCUCCUGACGGCCUGUGCUCUGGCUGAGGACUCUCAUUACUCGUUCUCGCCGUCGGUGGGAGGUGGAGGAGGUUCCUCGUACAGCGUGGUCGGGGAUGGCAGGAUCACCGCCGUCAGAGUGUGGGAGCUCUCCAGCAACUACAUCUACGGCUUCCAGGUCCAGUAUGAAUUKUCCGGCUGGACUCCGGUUGUCGGCUACGUUUCCGGCGAAGCCAACGUGUUGGAGCUGAACGACGAUGAGAGGAUCAUCCAGAUCUCUGGGAAAUACACGCACUACAUCCAGUCGCUCAUCUUUGUCACCAACAAAGGCCGCUCCCUGCAGGUCGGCCAGCCGUCCGGCUAUUCCUUCAACAUGUAUCCGACCCACCGAGACGCCGAGCUGCGCUUCCUGAGYGGCAGGGUCAGUGGGCCGCCCUCUGCCCUCCAGGCCCACUGGGCCGUCAUGGACUCUGACUUCACUGAUGAUUAAUGAUGAAGAAAAAACAAUGAUGCAAUGCUGCUAAUUUCACUUAAAUGAUGUACAUUUUCCCACACUUUACAGCUGAUUGUGUAUCAUUCAUUUUUAAAUCACCGCUUUGAUUGACUUUUAAAUUAAGACUAAACUAAGUAUACAUGUAGGUAUUCCAUAAAACAGCCUACUUUAUUCCCUUUUUUCCUAAAUAUAAAGAUAAAUGCUUCUAUUAAACUAUAUGUAUAAUUUGGUAAAGGGAGUGUGUUAUAUUGUCUGUUUCUUUCUUUUUGAAAGUUAAACAUUCUUGUGUUGUUCUUUCAUUAAAGCAAAAUGAAUUGAUAAAAUUAA